UGAAAAGUGCAAGGGAGGCGGAAACCUGAGAGCGCGGGGGGCGGGGCGGAGCGGAGCGGAGAGGAGAGAGACCCGGCCUAACGCCGCGGAUAGCUCAGUGAGAGAGCGGUGCACCGAAGGGCAUCGGAAAGUGAGGGCCUCUCUCCCCCCUCGCCCCGCCUGCUGCAGUACUAAUUCGCCACCCGCUGCCACCUUGAAGCCUAUGACCGCCUCUGUUCACGCUGAUCUCGAUUCGCUGGAGUCGUUCCUUGAUGAGUUGCCCUAUAUGUUUUACGUGGGAUUGUUUUUUGUGAAUGUGCUAAUCCUCUACUAUGCCUUCCUGAUGGAGUACGUCCUCUUCAAUGUGGGAAUUGUCUUCCUCCCCGACGACUUCGACCAGGCUCUAGUUGACCUCGGGGUCUUGUCGGAUCCGGCAUCGGUUGUCUAUGAUACAGACGGCGAAGUGGAUGUCUUCGAUGGCUACUUCGAUUAAAAGCAAUAAUAAACUCCCCCUCACAUACUCACUUAAUGAUAUCAAUAUUUUUUGCUUAGCACAGAAAUGGGCAGUUACUGUGUAUCAGAUGCGAAAGACAAACCUUGGUUUGCCAGCAAGGCACUUGGUCGCUGAAGUACAGGAUAAUGGUCUGCCAGCCGUUUCUGUGGCUAUUGUGGUCCGGUUGCCCUUUCAUAAUUGUGCCAAGAUUGCAAAUAAUAAUAGUAUGGAUUGCGAUAUAUUUCAGAGCAUUUAUCUGUUUGUAAUAAUGGUCUUCAUUGCAAAGCGGAACUGCAUCUCCAGGAUUAAUUAAAGAGAUGGAAGAAUGAUACUUGGAGACGUUCAGCCUCAGGAGAGUCACUUUGAAUCGCACAUGGAAGAAAAGGCCUAAAAAGGCUUUAAACGCCAUAUGGAUUAGUUAACCAUCAGCAAUACAAUGCAAGAGUUCUGUGCUGGAUAUCCAAUCCCCGUGCAAGGAAUCAUAACAUUUCAAUGUUUUGCACCGCUGCAUCUCAACACUGAACUAAGUUGUCAUGCAUACACUCCUUGCAGCUUUUAGCAAGCUAUAUAUGGGUUGAAUAUUACUGAGCUUAUUGUAACAUAAGGAUUUACUUUAUUCACGUUUCAGUAUAUACUAAGGCUGGAAUGUAAAUGGGUUAUCAAUAACUUAAUAUAAUUUACUGAAUUAAAAGUCACAUUUUUGUUACUGCCAUUCUUGUGAAUGAUGUAUGGUUAAUCAUGAAUCUGUUAUAUUAAAUAUAAGGCAUGCAUUUAAUAACUGAUUUAAUAAUUUGCAGUGCCUGUUACACUUGUAGCUGGUGCAGCAGAUUUGUAUUUUCAGUGUUAUAACUGUUAUACUUACUUUCAUAGCCCAUGUAACAUAAUGUUAUUUUAUUUUGAAAGUAUUGCACAAUCUGGUCAAUGGAUUUAAAUAUGUCCCUUGCAUUUUUUUUUCCUGAACUUUUAUUCCCACAGCAGCUGAAAUUUCUAUUGUCCUGGUAAGGAUUUAAACAAAAUAAAAACAAAUUUCAUAAUG